AUGGGAAAGACACAGUCAAAGCUCACGCCCGAGCAGCUCUCGGACCUACAGAAAAAUACCUACUUCGACCGCAAGGAAUUGCAGCAGUGGUACAAGGGAUUUAUGAAUGACUGCCCCUCGGGCGUGCUGGACAAGGCCGAGUUCUCGCGGAUCUACAAGCAAUUCUUCCCAUUCGGCGACCCUGCGCCGCUGGCUGAAUACGUCUUCAAUGUAUUUGACGAAAACAAGAAUGGAUCGAUUGACUUCAAGGAGUUUAUCUGCGCUCUGAGCGUGACGAGCCGCGGCCGGCUCGACGAGAAACUGCGCUGGGCGUUCCAGCUGUACGACAUUGAUGGCGAUGGCACGAUCACCUACAACGAAAUGCUCACCAUUGUGCGGGCCAUCUACAAGCUGACCGGGGAGAUGGUCAAGCUCCCGGAGGACGAAGACACGCCCGAGAAGCGCGUCGACAAAAUUUUUAAUCUGAUGGACCGCGAUAAGAAUGCAGAGCUGUCGUUUGAAGAGUUUAAGGAGGGCUCAAAGCAGGAUCCCUCCAUUGUACAGGCACUCUCACUCUACGAUGGCCUCGUAUAG